AUGGAGAAUCUCAACACGAGUACCCCAAUCUUUGGCCAAGCCUCUUUUCCUUCGUCGAGUCCGCUUUCCAAUUUUGUUAGGAAGAGAAACAGAAGCUCAGGCCAAGGAGACCAAACAACAACAAGCCUUGGAGAUCGCCAGUCGUCUUCUUCCGUGGCUCCUUUUCCCUGGCCUGAUCAGCAUGGCGGAUUCUCUCCUACACCCCCGCCUUUUGUGGUAAGAAACUCUCAAGGAUUUGGCGACUGGGCAGGACAUCCUUCAAUCUAUGGAGUCAGCAAAGUCAACCCACUGAAUGCCGAAACUACUGAUAUCUCGAGGGGUGAGGAGGCGGGAAACAUUUCUACAGUGCAGGGCCUAGAGAAACCUGCUUCCCUAGACACUUCUUCGACUGUUCAGUCAGAUGUGAACAUGCUCGUUCCAUUCAAUACAUCCCAGUCUAUGGCUUUUCUUGAUGCUCUGAUGACGGAGAGGACGAGGGGAGACAAUGGUCAAACGCUCGGGUUGCUUGAUCUUCACAAGUUGCCGGGCACUCGGGUGCUUUUCUGCUAUGGUGUUCUGGCUAUGCAGAUGUCCCUUCUCCCCUUGUUUGACUAUCAACAGGAGCCAAAUGGACAGAGAUGGCGCGUAAAGCUGACUAUGUACGGCCAGACAGUCCGACAGUAUCAAUACUUCAACACGCAGGCGGAGGCCAAAGCCGAGGCCUGUCGAGUGGCCCUAUACUCACUCAAGGAUGACUAUUCAUCGUGGGUUGUGCCCUGUGAUCCCAGUGACCAGUUGGCCGCGACGACCAUAUUCUGGGACUGGAUCGGGCUUCUAAAAAACUACUGUGCUCAGAACGGUUUGAGUGCUCCGGUCUUUACACGAUAUGUCCAUGAGAAUGGCUAUCGUCACGAAGUCGAGGUUGGCGGCGCUUCAUACUUUAGCCUUCUGAAAUUCUAUCACACGGAAAAGGCUUCCCAGAAUGCCUCCGCACAUGCGGCACUGUAUAGGGUGCUCACAUCUGUCAGUGGAAGCACUGUCUCCCUUAACACUACAAGUCCAGUGCUGCUGAUAGACGCCGCCAUCCCUCGUAGCAGCCCCGUUUCAUUUGGACCGACUGCGAAGGAAAAGACCAACCCUACGCCCUUUGCUCCGCAGGGCAACGCCAACCUGAUUCCUCUGGCAAAUGCAAGAUUCCAGGUUACCGAGCCGGAUAAGGGCUCUCCAAAGGCCGAAACUCGAUGGGGUUAUACCCAUAGAGAGCUGAAGUCGAUUCUUAAUGAGACGAAAGGACCUCAUAGCGCAAAGCUUGCAAAACUAUGCGGUCUCAUUCAUUUGGAAUUCCCAGAGUUCCGAAUUGAAACAGACGGCCGUCUUGUCGACACCCAAGCCAGAUACAGCGCCGCGGCAUAUUUCCAGGGCGAUCCUUUCCUUGCCCGGGCUGGCGGUCUGGGCAAAGUCAUGGAUAUCUUGGGUCCAGAGGAGAACGUUAGAGAGUCCUGCUGCGCGGAGGUGGUUCAGUACUUGAUCAAUAUAGUCAAGGAGGAUACGCUUCUUGCGGAAGCUGCCGUGAAGGAGGAGAAGAUGAGGAUGGAAAGCUGGAAACAGCCGGCUAAGUAGGAUGGUAUGGGGGAUAUGAGUUCAAUUUGUAUUGAGUGGACUUCUGACAGUGGGUGUUCUGAAAGAUAGUUUCUUGCUCUAUCCCUAUUCAUAGUUAGCUAGAGCUCAGGGUUUACCAGAGGGCUAGAUUCAUGUGAUCUAUCCUUUGGUCUGCUACCACGACCUGUCCAAAAUCAAGGCCUAUUUUCAUCCAUUUUUCUUUUUACAGCUUCUUUUAACUUUUCUAUGAUGGUUGGUGGCUCUAUGGACCACUCCGCUGAAAUGGCAGUGUAC